ACGCUGUCUGGGCGAGACAUUGAGCACCACCUCGCCAAUGUCAGCAUCUUCUUUUACAAUGACCUUGUCAAUGGUACUGUCCUGCAGACUAAGCUGGGAAGCCAGCUGCUCAUCACCUCCAGCCAGGACCAGCAACAACCGGAGACCAGGUUUGUCGAUGGAAGGGCCAUUCUGCAGUGGGACAUCUUUGCCUCCAAUGGGAUCAUUCAUGUCAUUUCCAGGCCUUUAAAAGCACCCCCCGCUCCAGUGGCUUCAGUCCACACGGGCGUGGGAACAGGGAUAUUCUUCGCCACCGCCCUGGUCUUUGGAGCCGCUGCAUUGGCUGCAUAUUCUUACUUCCGACUAAACCGGAGAACAGCUGGCUUCCAGCAUUUUGAGUCGGAGGAGGAUAUCGACGUCGCGGCUCUUGGCAAGCAGCAGCCUGAGAAUAUACCAAACCCUUUGUAUGAGAGCACCCCCUCCGCUCCCCCAGAACCUUCCUAUGACUACUUCAUGGAUUCCGAAGACCAGCAGCUGGACAACACCGACCCCCUGGGGGCGCUGUGAGGGGCCAGACCUGCUGCGGCCAGCCACCCCCCUCGGCCAUCUCCUCACCUGCCUGAGCCUCCUCAAAAAGGCUGUCAACUGUGAAUCCUCACACCGGUUGUCUGGAAAGUAAGGUCCUUUCACAUUUUAAAGUAGGAAGUACUCAAGCCAUACCUCAUCUCUCCGGUUAAUCUGGGGGAUUACUUUGUUUCUGUGGGUGAGGGGUCGUGUUAAACCCACCCACCAACCCAGGGGGACUGUCCCUCCACUGUCCCUCCUUUGUACCUUUAGAUGGCACUUAAGUACAUUCUCCCCAACGCUCUGACCUCAUCUCCUUUCCCCAUUAGGCUGUAAGCAUCCAAAAGGCAGGGACCUGCCUCAUUCAUCUUUGUAUCUCGGGGUCUGAGACAUGCAGUGUGCUCAAUAAAUGUUUAUGGAAGAGAACUAAAGUCAAUGGAACCAACUGGUGUUUUGGGAAACAAAAAUACUGUUUGCCACAGAAAGGGUCAAAGUCUCAAGGUAAAAUCCACUUACUAGAGCUAAUGAGGGCCUUUUCAUUUAGCCAACACCUCCCUUUUAAAGUCUUCUUUCUUAAUUCUGUUUUGUUCGCUUGUUUGUGUUUAAGAAGACAUAACCA